AUGAGCCUAACCGGAUCAGAGAUAGUGGUUCACACCGACGGGAACGAGGUAUCACUGACGAAUCUGAAAGUCUCGGCGAGCAAGGCUGGCGACAGUCGAAAGCGGACGAGACGCUACGGUUUUGACUACUGCUUCAACUCCGCCACCCUGGACUCCGAAGGACACGCGACCCAGGAGAAGGUCUACGAGAGCCUCGGCACUUCGGCUCUGGACGCGCUAUUUUCCGGGUUCAACGCCUGUCUGGUCGCCUACGGACAAAGCGCGUCUGGCAAAACGUACACAAUGAUGGGUCCCAAGAACGACCCUGGUCUCACGCCCAGGCUCUGUGAGGGCCUUUUUUUCCGGAUAUUCGAGGAGCAGCAGAAGGGAAAUUACUACGAUACCGCGGUCAGUUAUCUCGAGAUCUACAACGAGAGGGUGAGGGAUCUGUUGAAACCAUCAACGAACUCCAGUGGGCUCAGAGUUCGCGAACACCCUAGGCUGGGACCCUACGUUCAAGGACUAACUCGUCAGACGGUGUCAACGCUGGGUUCGUUGAUGUCGUGGGUAGAGGAGGGCACAAGAGCGAGAAAGACUGCGUCAACGACACAGAACGCGACGAGCAGCAGGAGCCACGCGUUACUGACGGUGUCUUUGACGUCUAGGUCCGAGAAUAGCAACUCUACUGCGGGAACCAGCAGUGGCCUAGAAAAGAGGCAGCACAGCGGUCGAGGUGCUCGACUUCACUUGGUGGAUCUGGCCGGUAGUGAGAGGGCCGGAAAUAGUAAUUACGGUCUCCAUCGGCUCAAGGAGGGUGCGAAUAUCAACAAGAGUCUCGUGGCCUUGGGGAAUGUGAUAUCAGCACUCGCGGAGAGGGGCGCCACCAGAAGUGGUCCUGGACGGAGGUUCAUACCCUACAGGGACUCCGCGCUUACCUGGCUCCUCAAGGAUGCUCUCGGUGGCAAUGCUACGACCAUCAUGCUCGCCACGAUAUCACCGGCCAGCGGAAGUUACAACGAGACAGCCCACACCCUACGCUUUGCCCACAGAGCACAGAGCGUGGUCAAUCGUCCGGUGGUCAACGAGGAUCCGGUGGCCAGGGUGAUCAGAGAGCUUAGAGCCGAGAUCUCGAGGCUAACGUCGUUGCUAUCCGAAAAGGAGAUCAGAGGGGAAUCCGGGACUUCCUGCUGUUGCAAGCAGAAACUUGAAGCGGAACCGCUAUUGGAGGAUGCAGCGGGAGAAGAGACGUCCGAAGAGAAACCGGCCAUCAGGAGCGAACCAAACGAAGUUGUUUACAGGACCUCUUCGCGAUUCGGUUCGGGGUUGACUCUGCAUCGUAAAUACAGCUCGGAGGAAAGCUUAUCAUCCAAACGUGCUCAGGACAAGUCAAGUUCUCCACCGUGUAGAUUUGGCUCGUUGAAAUCCUUGAACAGUUCGGAAGAGGUGAUCGAUCCUCAAAAGGAUCAGGACCGCACGAGGAUCUCGACCGUAAGUUACGACCGGGUGGAUGCUUUGGCUCUGGUUGACAUUCCCACUCUCGUCGCGGUUCUAAUAAAGCCUGAGGAUGACCAGAGUGGACCAGUACAGAUAGAGGAAAUCACAGGUGAAAACAUCCUUGAAAGUUCGGUGGACGUCGACGCAGCUGACCUCGAAGAACUGGCAUCGCGCUCCAUCGAACACCUAGCCGAGAGAGUGGACGACUCCAUUCCAAACUUCCUUGCGAAGGGAAACGAGGUGGGGUUGAAAAAUUUUGUAUUAGAAGAGGGAUACGUCAAGCAGCCGAAUGCUACGGAUCCAACAGAAGACAAGAAGUCUGGGGGUUUGAACGUCUCGAAGAAGUUUGGCUCCUCGGAGAGUUUCGCUUCCUCUGGAAAGGGUGCGGCGAAGAUUGGACUGGGUCAGAGGUCGUACACCAACCUGCAGUUGGACAAGGGCAGGUCCCAGGUGGGUGUUGUAAGCCUUGCAGGGAAGGUCAAACGUACGUGGAGUCCUCGGGGCUCGAUCACGCCAGGCUCACCAAAAAAGUUGGACUUGGACAAGGACGGUCAGAGACAGAGGUCGUCGAAGGAGGCGGGCCAGCAGAAGACUUGGAACAGCCUACCACGUAAGCAGGAGUCUGACAGUCCUAAGCGGAGGGUUAGCAAGGACGAUUCCGUAGUGGCACCGGCCUUGAAGACGGCGAGAAAGGGUUCAGUUGGAAGUGAGGUGUCCUGCAGGACCUCGACGCCGAUCCAGAGGGCAAACAGGAGGGCGAAGAUCGUUGCCGCAGUCACGGAGAGAUUAUAUUCGGCGAAAAAAUCACCUGAAGAUACCCUGGCUGGUGGUCAAGGCGCGGAGUUCAAGUCAUCGGAGAGCGCUGAAGUGAAAUUGGCCAACGCGACGCGGAUGAAGCUCCAGGAGAUAUCGCGGAAGAUGUUGGCCAAACGGAGGAAGACCUGCGCUGACACCCAGACCGACGUUGCUUCGACAGUUCGUGUUAAGGACACUGCAUCUAUCACGGAUGAUCCCAAGGUGGAGACCAAGGAUGUGGCAGUCGUCACUGACCUGAGUGAAGACUGCCAACAACCUGGAACUGAAUAUUUGCCAGUCUUUCCCGUCACCAGAGUCAAAGAGAUGGCCACCUUGACUGAGAGGUUCGCCAAAACAGUGCGUUGCAAAGACGCUGGAGUGGUGACCGAGGAGUGUGACCUUGACGCAAUGUCUGACUAUGAGACUCUGGAAACGUGCGCCUCACGGAACCCAAGCUACGCGGAAAACUCGACCAAUACAACACUGCAGUUUUCGCAGACUACAUCUUGUACCGCGUCGCAAACUUGUCCCGAAGAUCUUUUACACUGCUCGAAAAAGUCCGCUCAUUGUCACAAAGGAUGCGACAGUUGUCACGGUCUGCAAGAAUGCUGUCACCAGGUCCCUUCAAAUCCAGUUCCCUGCGGCGUGGAGCGCAGCGUGAUUUGUAUCACCUUACCGGAUAUGCUGAGCAUCACUAUAGAGUCACCGAAUUCAAUCGACUCUAAAAUCGCAGUUACGGAAGCGAAUGCUUCUUCGACGUCUGAGGAAAGGGUUUCAGCGAGGGUCAGAGACGAAGAAACACAGACCAAGGGUCAGAGCAAGUCUCCGCGCGUGGCAGCCGAGGAUCUAAAAAUGAGCCACAUUCUGCCUGCUGAAUCGUCACCGACUGUCGCGACGCGGUCGGCGUCUUGCCAGAGCGAUGGAAGGACUUUCAGGAUCGAGAAUAUCUUCGAAGAUCCGAAGAGCUGCGUCAAGGUGAAUGACCAUGGCGUGGCAGCUGAACUGAUGCCGGAUUUGACCGAGCACGUUACUCCGAAGACAUCGCUGAAGCUGACGAAUUCCGUCGGAACAUCUUUCGGUCCCGAAACAAGCGAGAGGAGCACCGAAAUCGAGGGUGUCAAUUUCUUCGACGCGAGAAUUGCUCGGCAGUCGAGGCGAGACACUUGUUGGCGAAAGCUCAGGGCUGAAGACCUCAAGUUCUUUGAUACCACGUCGAGGAGGCCACCUUUACAUUCUGUCUUGACACCGGUCAGUGACGCCAAGUACAAUUUCCUCAAACCCAGCGCAAAGCUCGAAGCUGAAGAGCUGAAGUCGCCACUCCUAGUCGCUAAAAUGAUUGCGAAUAGCGGUAUCGACGUCGAUUCAAGCUUCUCUGACGAUAGUCUAGACCCGGAAGAAACGAGCGGAAAGGGGACGUUGAGAAUGGACGAAACUCUCUGCCCUCCGGACGUUGUAGCCCAUACGAAAAAGGAGCCGUACGAGUCUCGUAUCGAGGAAGACUUCGCUGAAGAGGUGAUCGAGUUACCAAGGACAAUGAUAUCGGUGGGCAACACGUCUCGGGUUCACGAUUACGAGGCCCUUGUCUUGGGCAGAAACUGCUUCAUCCCGAUUGUCGAAGACUCGGGUGACACGAGUCGGAUCGAGACUCCGGAGAGCGAAGAGGGCUGCAGAGGUAACCUGAAGAAGAGGGUCUCGUUUUCGAAUUCGAAACCGUCCGGUCGGCCCCGUGGGAGUGACAUACGCAGGCCGAAACCGAUAAUAAAGAACGCACUUUCGUCGGACAGUGAUGGCCUGACGGACAAGAAACCGAAUGCUUCGACGCCGCAGGACUGCAGCGCGAGCGAGGCCAGCUUCAGGGACGACAUAUCCUCGAUUUCCGAAAGUUCGGAGACGGUCAGGUCCGCGCCACUCUAUAACUCGGACGAAGAAUCCGACGCUUUGCAGGCGAAGAGCCUUGACUUGGAUAUGAAGAGGGUCAGGUUCACGCCACUGGUGUUCGGCGAGCGUGGGGAGUCCGGGACCAGCGAUUCGGAUGGGUGCGAAAACGCGGUGCUUAGUGACGAGGAGAGUCCCUGCUGCGACGCGCGAAUGGAAGUGUUCGCUUCGUACCUCGACGAGGCCACCGCCUUCGUCCACAACAUGAACACCAUGAAUGAGUUUUUCGGUGCGAGCAUGACGUUACACGACGAUCGAGACGAGGACUUUAUCGAGUACCAGGGCCGGCGGGUCAGUCUAAAGGACGACACGGACGAGUACCUGAAGCAGGAGGAAUUCGACGUCCCGAUAGAUUCGUACAGAAACUGUCUAAGGGGUAUUGAGAAACUGGAAAACUGUAUAGAAAACGCGGUCCAGCACGACAAGUUCCUAUUCGGAAAGUGUGGCCUCAGUUUGGAGUCUGCCGCUACUAGCUUCAAUCUAGUAGACCCAGGCCAGGCUCCGUUCCACCAUCCGCAAAACCUCAGCUCCAGCUUCGAAGAGCUUGCCUGUGUAACCGACGAAGAGACGCCCGCUUCCAGUCCGAAAAAGCUCUCGAGUGACGUCGAGACCAGGAUAUUUCAGCAGCUGAUGGAGGCGACGAGUCCCCGUCGCCUCGCCAGGUCGGCGAAGCCCUACUUUCGGCGAUCCACGCGGGUCUCCGAUCUCAGGGUGAAGAGUCCGAGGCCACGAAGAAGGCACCACGACCCAGAGGAACCGAAGGUCCUGCGGCGGCCCGGCGACCUUGAGGUUCCAAGGUGUUUUCUCACGGUUCCAGAAGCAGGGAGAGACUCUUCCGGUAGGGAAUAUCGCAGCGAUGGUGGGACCAGCUCCAGCGAUCCACUUGGUGCUAGUUCUGAAUCCAUUGACACCGUGGCCAGCGUUAGGAACGGGUUCAGGUACCCGGGAAGCCCGAGAGCGAAGCUGAUGCAGCUGGUCAGUGAACGCCGACAGAUUGUUCAUCGUAGCAGAAGCGAGGCACCGAGUCCACGCUAAGAUGCUUCGAGAUCAUUCCCUGCAAAGGCACAGAAAAUGAGCCGGGGUUGUGAAUUACGUUGUUUAUUCAACGAAGAAAAGAUUUGAGUGUGGCUCGCUCAAAACACGUUUCCUGCACAAUCUGCGUUCCGGCGAUAUGCGAGAAUUUGUACAGAAUAAUGAGAUUAUCUGUUGCUGAGUUCAAAUACUGCUCGAUGUAUAAUGUAUCUGCUAUUCACAAAUUUGUGCCUUACUUUUAGAUUAUCAUAUUAUCUUAUGUUUGUGUGUUUCUGACGAAUAAAAAUUAUUUCUGU